CACCCUGAGGCCGCUGGCUUGAGCUCCUGCCGCAGAGGGAGGCGGGGAGCCAGACGCGCCGCUCCCCUCCCCGCGCGGGCUGCGGCCGCUGCCAGGAUGCCUCGGGAGCGCGGCGGCAGCUGCUGGCUGCUCCCCGCGCUGCUGCUCCUGCCGCCGCUCUGCGCGCCGGCUUUGACUAUAAGUGUAGCUGCUGAAGAUGCAAAGGAACAGAUUGAGCAACUGGUAUCACAGGAGUCUGAAAAAAGUGGAAAAUCAAAUAAAAUAAACAUAGAAUUACAAGAAAUUGUAUUUGUCAUCCAGAGUCAAAGUAACUCUUUUCAUUCAAAAAGAGCAGAAGAUUUAGAGCGCAAUAUUUUAAAACAGGCUGAAGUGCUUGGAAAGGAAUUACCUAGAAUUCUGCUUAUUCAUCAGAUGGACAGACAUGAUGGUGCAUGGACUAUACUACCAUUAAUGCAAGACUUCUCUGCUUCCUAUGGUAGAAACUCCUCAUGGAUUUUCUUCUGUGAAGAAGAUACAAGAAUACAAAUCGUUAAGCUGCUGGAAACACUUAGAAGAUUUGACAAGUCUAAGGAAUGGUUCUUAGGAAAAGCGUUAUAUGAUGAAGAAUCUACAAUAAUACAUCAUUAUGCCUUUGCUGAAAAUCCUACAGUCUUUAAAUUUCCAGAUUUUGCUGCUGGCUGGGCACUUAGUAUUCCGCUUGUAAACAAGCUUGCAAACAAGCUGAAAAGUGAACCACUUAAGUCAGACUUUACAAUAGAUUUAAAACAUGAGAUUGCAUUAUAUAUUUGGCAGAAAGGCAAUGGACCACAUCUUACUCCAGUGCCUGAGUUUUGUACGGAUGACUUGAACUCAUAUAAGGCUGUUCACUGUGCCACAAUGUUCAGUAACUUCCUACCAGUUUGCGGAGACCCAGUGAAGAAAGAGGAUAUCUUUGUUGCUGUAAAAACAUGCCGAAAAUUUCACAGAGACAGAAUACCGAUUGUAAAGCAGACCUGGGAAGGUGAGGCUACCCUUGUUGAAUAUUAUAGUGAUUAUGCAGAGACCUCCAUUCCUACUAUAGAUUUAGGAGUACCUAAUACUGAAAGAGGUCAUUGCGGGAAGACUUUUGCCAUUUUGGAAAGAUUUUUAAAUCACAGCUCUUCCAAAACACCAUGGUUAGUCAUUGUGGAUGAUGACACCUUAAUAAGUAUCUUUAGGCUCCGGAAAUUACUCAGCUGCUAUGACCCAAAUGAACCAGUGUUUCUUGGAGAGCGUUAUGGCUACGGAUUGGGAACAGGAGGAUAUAGUUAUAUCACUGGCGGAGGAGGAGUUCUCCCCUCACCCUGCAUCAAGAAAAAAUGUGUGGAGGUAAGGGACAGGAUGGUUUUCAGCAGAGAAGCAAUCCAAAAACUACUUGCUAGUAAAUGCCAGUGUUACAGCAAUGAUGCUCCAGAUGAUAUGGUCCUUGGAAUGUGUUUCAGUGGUUUAGGAAUCCCCAUAACACACUGUCCACUUUUCCAUCAGGCAAGACCAAUGGACUAUCCAAAGGACUACCUUGCUCACCAAAUUCCAAUAUCAUUUCACAAGCAUUGGAACGUUGAUCCAGUCAAGGUGUAUUUCACAUGGCUGGCACCAAAGAUGGAAGAUUCAUUUACUGAAAAGAAACAGAGACAUAUAAGGGAAGAUUUAUAAUAUAUAAAAUAUUUUAAAUCUCAAUAAGGUACUGCAGAUUAGUGAGAGGCUGUACUGUAGUUUUGGUGUUGUGUUGUACUACUUGUCUGCCAUAUUGCAUAGAACACUGAAUGUUUCAAUCCAGUACGUGUUACACUUGUUAGAAAAGGAAAAGGGAACCAGCUUGAUUUUGUGUGUGUGUGUGUGGUUUGAGGAUUUGUCAGAAAUACCUUGAAUUUUGAAUCUUGUGACCAUUGUAUUUAACAUUUUAAAUGUCGUAUACAGUAUUUUUGUAUGUUCCCUUUUGGAAUUCUCUGUGAAACACCAGCAAUUCACAUUUCUCUUUUCCUCACUGUCUAGUAGUGGCCUAAGUUCCAUAUUUAGGGGCCUAAUUCUAAAAGAUACUGAAUACCUACACUUCCCAAUGACUUCAGAAGAACUUCUGGGUUCUUGAAAUCAGUCAGAAUCAGUCCUUAGGUAAUGAAAGGGUAGGGAGAUGUGUAUUUUAAUGAACAGUGGUCUGGAAAGAAAACGUCAUGUACUGUACUUUGUAUUGUUUCCAAAUAGAGAUGUUGCAGAUGCAUGGGAUAGAUGACUCCUUUUUGAGUUUGAACUACUAUUUCACCUUUAAACAUGUUAGCUUUUGUAGGAAAUAUCACCCUAGGAAAUCCAAAGAAAGGUCUGGGAUUCUUAAAUUGACUACAAGAUGUUGCCAUGGUUCAUUAAAAAACCUAGGUGACUGUUUCUAUCUUUGGCAAAUAUAAAUGUUUGUCUCUUAAGGAAUUUUGAAAAUCUAAUGUUUAGAUAUUUAUAAUGUGCACAUCACCAUAGUAUCUAAGUGCCAAGCUAAAAAUUAGUUUGUAACAUCCAUAAUUUAUAUCAUCUACAGCAGGGAUUGGCAACCUUUGGCCCGCGGCCCGCCAGGGUAAGCACCCUGGCGGGCUGGGCGGUUUGUGUACCUGCUGCGUCCGCAGGUUCGGCCGAUCGCGGCUCCCACUGGCCGCGGUUUGCCGUCCCAGGCCAAUGGGGGCUGCGAGAAGCGGCACGGGUCAAAGGAUGUGCUGGCUGCCGUUUCCCGCACCCCCAUUGGCCUGGGACGGCGAACCGCGGCCAGUGGGAGCAGCGAUCGGCCAAACCUGCGGAUGCGGCAGGUAAACAAACCGGCCCAGCCCGCCAGGGUACUUACCCUGGCGAGCCGUGUGCCAAAGGUUGCCGAUCCCUGAUCUACAAUAUACCUAAUAAAAAUAUAUAACUAAGUAAUAUAAUGGGUAUAAUAUUAACAUGUAUAGAGUGCUGCAUAUUUGACUUUUUUGUUUGUUUUCUAUGUAUAAUUCAGUUUUGUAAAAAUAUUUGUAUAAAAUCUGGCUUUAGUAUGUUCUAAACUAAUUUGUAUACAGUAAAGGAUUUUUUCCUUUUAAGACAACAGCAUAUCGUGUGUAUAUCCUGUUAUCUAACUUUGCUUGCUAUGUUGUAACCAAAUGCAGGGUUUUAAAGCCAUAUUACCGAAAUUGUUUAUUUGUACAUGUUUUAAAAUAUUUUCUGUAGUUCAGCACUUGUUUCAGUUCUAGAGUAAUGCAAUACUUACUCCAAGUCUAAAUGGGGAAGUAAUUUGGUAAUCACUGAGAAGUAUGCACAUUUUUGUGAAUGUAGCUUGUGGAUUUUUAAGCAUUUGAAUAGUGAUCACAUUCAUAGUGGUUUAAAAUAAUGUUGAAAUAGGUGUAACCAACAUAAUGUAACUUUUUCUUACCAAUAUCAGUGCCUUGAACAGUAGACAUUUUCUACUGAUACCAGAGCUACAUUCUUUGGUACUGUGGACGUAUAGUUAAUUAGGUUUACUGUUUAGAACUGCGCGAGCCUAAAACUGAAUAAAAACAUACUUGUUUAAAUUUU